UCCGCGGAGGGAUCCCCCUUUCGGAGGAGGAGGCGAGGCCUUGCUGCGUGUCUUCUGCAAAGAGAGAGAGAGAGAGAGAAGAAGAAAAAAAAAAGCCCAAGGAGAAGAAGAAGAAGAAGAGAAAAGAGGAAAGAAGAAGGAUCAGGGGGGCAAAAGAGAGAGAGAAAACACCAUGGGAGAAAACCAGCCCGGCCGCGCCUUUUAAGGAAGGGGCGACGGCGGACGAGAAACACAAAGAUGAUGAGGAGAAGGAUUGCACUGUUUUCGUAGAGGGAGGCGUUUUGUUGUUCGCUUCCUGCGCCCGCCCGACUGUGUUUUUUUUCCUCUCUCUCUCUCCUUACUGCUACUGCUGCUUCUUCCCGGAUGGAGCGUUGAGGGUCUCAACGUUCCACAGCCUCCACAAGAACACGCCCCGGAUGGAACGUUGAAGGGCCCAACGUUCCAAAGGGGGAGCCUCUUGGGUCCUUUUCCCUCCUUCCUUCUUAUUUUGAUUAUUAUUUCUGUUCUUUUUUCCCCCUCCCUUUAUUGUUAUGAUUAUGAAAUAUUAUUUCUUAUUAUUUUGAUUAUUAUUAUUUCUGUUCUUUUGCUUCUUUUUCCCCCUUUUAUUAUUAUAUUAAAUAAUAUUAUUAUUUAGUGUAUUAUUAUUAUUAUUAUUUUGUGGAGGCUAAUAACUCUCAUCGGACCGCAGGGAGAACAAUAGAGAAGCUGGGGAUGUGAGGUUCCCCCCACUCUAGCACCCCAAAACCCACCCCAAGGCAUUCAAAUCCUUUGGGACGAUGAAUCCACAACAGAGGAUGGCGGCUGCCGGGACAGACAAGGAGCUGAGUGACCUCUUGGACUUCAGCAUGAUGUUUCCACUUCCUGUUGCGAAUGGGAAGAACAGACCCACGACUCUGGCCAGCACUCAGUUUGGUGGAUCAGCGGCCUUGGAAGAGCGGCCGGCCUCCGGGUCAUGGGCAUCGGGAGAUCAGAACAACUCGACUUUUGACCAAGUCAGGCAGGGCUACGGCGAAGGCUCACACUACAGCGAGCUUCGGGACCUGCCAUCCCAUAAUAACAUAUCUUCGUCCUCAUUCCUGGGAUCCGGGAUUGUCGGGAAAGGCUCGGAAAGAAGCGCCUACGCAUUUGGAAGAGACGCGGGCAUGCCAGCUCUUAAUCAGCAACCUGGUUUCCUGCCCAGCGAAAUGGGGAUCGCAAGUCCCAGCACGCUGUCGCCAACGGGGGUGAAGGGCGGGUCACAGUACUACCCGUAUGGCAGCAGCAACCCUCGCCGGAGAGGUGCGGAGAGCAACAUCGAUGGGCAGCCAAAAAAGGUCCGAAAGGUGCCUCCUGGACUCCCUUCUUCGGUGUAUCCACCCAACUCAGGUGAUGAAUAUAACAGGGAGACAGCCGGCUAUGCUCCUUCCAAAGCCCCCAGCACGGUCUACCCAGGAGCCUUCUACAUGCCAGAUGGGAUCCACAACUCAGCCGAUCUGUGGAGCUCCUCGGGGACCAUGGGGCAGUCCAACUAUGGGGUCAUCUUGGGUGCUUCUUCCUCCCCACUGCCUCAGUCGGGCAACUUCAGCGGCCUCCACCAGCACGACCGCAUGAAUUACCAGCUCCAUUCAGGAGAGGUCAAUGGUGGACUGCCGUCGGUGUCGGGCUUUUCUUCUACUUCCACCCAAUUCGGGGUCUCCAGCCACACGCCGCCCAUCGGAGGGACAGAGACCGCCGUGAUGGGUAACCGUGCAACUUCGGCCGGCAGUUCAGGGGAUGCCCUCGGAAAAGCCUUGGCUUCGAUCUACUCCCCAGAUCACUCCAGCAAUAACUUCUCUUCAAACCCAUCCACACCGGUGGGCUCCCCUCAGGGAAUCACAGGUUCUUCGCAGUGGCCCCGGGCGGCUGGGCAGGGUGCCUUGUCCCCGAGUUACGAAGGGACCCUCCACACAUUGCAAAACAAGAUGGAGGACCACCUGGACGAGGCCAUCCAUGUGCUGCGGAGCCAUGCCGUGGGCCAAGGGAACAACCGUGAGAUCCACGACCUGCUGGCCUCCGCCUCGGCGCACAGCACUUCGGUUGGGAGCCUCAGCCAGUCCUUCCCUUCGGCCUCCGUUCUGCCCCUUGCCGGCCGGCACUCGAACCUGGUUGGAGGUGGCCACCCGGACGAUGCCCUCCCGAACAACUCCAGCCUUCUCCACAACCACGUUGCGCUCCCUGCCCAGGCGGGUUCACUCCCAGACCUCAGUCGAGGCCAGUCUUCGGACGCCUUCAGCGGUCUGACGGCCGGUCUGGGCCGGGCCAGCGUCUCGUCGGGCACCAGUGAGAUCAAGCGGGAAGACAAGGAGGACGACGAGAACACGUCAGUGGCAGACAACUCGGAGGAAGAGAAGAAGGAGCUGAAAGGCUCGCGCAACCGAACCAGGUGCUCAGUGAACAGUCAAGACGAGGAUGAGGACGAUGACCUCCUUCCCCCAGAGCAAAAAGCCGAGCGGGAGAAAGAGAGGCGGGUGGCCAAUAACGCCCGCGAGCGCCUGCGGGUCCGCGACAUCAACGAGGCCUUUAAGGAGCUCGGGCGCAUGUGCCAGCUGCACCUUAACAGCGAAAAACCGCAGACCAAACUGCUAAUCCUACACCAGGCCGUCUCGGUCAUUCUCAAUCUGGAACAACAAGUCCGAGAGCGCAACCUGAACCCGAAGGCGGCCUGCUUGAAACGCCGCGAGGAGGAGAAAGUGUCAGGCGUCGUGGGGGACCCCCAAAUGGCCCUUUCAGCGUCACAUCCAGGUCUCGGAGAUGGGCACAACCCCGUGGGACAUAUGUAGAAGACUGUUGCUUUUCUUCACCAGGAAGCUGCCAUCUGUCAGAAGAAGGGAAUGGACAACAAUUUCCCCUCCCUCCUGCCCGCCCGCCUGUCGCAUCCGCACCAGAAACUGUAGCUCUGUUUCAAUAUAGAUGUGCGGCAAACGGACAUUCCGUGGGUCUCGAAGGAACUUUUUUCUUCUCUCGAACGGAAAAUGCAACAACGUCGUUGAAUCAGAUUUCUCUUUUAAAAAAAACAACUGCAAAGAUUGCCUUAAAUGUAUAUUCUGGAACUGUCAGUACAUAUCCUUCAAUUUGCGGAGCGGGGCGGUGCGGGGAAACCUCUUCAUUACAAGUGGCUUGUUCACAAAAAGGCCAGCAAAAAAAUAUAUAUAUUGUGCCUACGCAUUUUUAUUUUAUUAUUUUUUCCCUUUUUCUUUUUUUUAAAAAGAACAUUAGUUAACGAUAAUUUUUUUAAAAAAAACGUAGAACAAACAUAGUAAUGCCUUUUGGGUUUUUUUUAAAGAAAGCUUCUUUUGCAUAUAUGUUUUGUAAGCAACAGUGAAAAAUAAUGUGUAAAAAAUGGACUGAGUGACCGAGAGAAAGAAAGAGACUUGCGAUUUCCUCCCCCUUCCCCUGCGCUUUUUCCUUCUUCUCCCCCUGCUGCUGUUUCUCUCAUUAAUAUUGCAUAUUAUUUUUUCAGUGAGUUCAACCUGAGAUAUUAAAAGUUUGCAUUAAGAGACUGGAUAGUUUUUGGCAACGAAAAAAGGAAACGAAAGGAGAGAGGUUCGUUUUUGGGCCCUGACAAACUUCCAGCACAGACCUUAGCAAUUGCCGCAUGGGGCUCAUAAACAUAUAGUAAUCCAGAAUGGACUGGAAUCAUCUCUUUUCUUAUCUGGCCGCUUUGGAUGCUGCGGAGGGUUGGGGGAGCUGCUCCAGGAACCUCGCGAUUCUUGGUUCUUUUGUCUUUCUUCCUAAAGGAUGUCUAUGUCUCUCUAUGUGAUUCUAAAAAGUCUUACCGUUUGGCUUGUCCUCUCCUGUCUUCCCCUAAAAUAUAUGUGGGAAGAACAUCCCAAAUGAAGGCGGUGGCUUCCUAAAAAUGGCAUAAAGACAGCUAGGACAAGGAGGAUACAGAAGUCGCCUUCAGAAGGCAAAGAAAGAGAUGGAUCGCGAGUCGCUUUCAGUGGAAUGAAAGGACCGAACGCAAGGAUUGUGCUGUCAUGUUGGGAGGCAGAACGGAGACCAGGAGAAAAAAGAACAAAAGAGCCACAACCGGCACAAAUGAAAGGAAGAGGCGAAAAGGUGAAAGACGUGGCCUCCGAAAAGGGAAUCUUGGGGCAACGACACAACAUGCUUUUGCAGAUUUUUCUAGAAGCUCAGAAAGACUGGCCUCUGAGACCUGUCCGCUGUCUGAAUGGCUUUCACAGACGCUUGGCUUGCUCCUCUUGCCACACAGAGAGAACUGCCUUUUGUGAAUGGAAGAAGGGACACCUUGAUAGGACUGGAUCCCCGUGAAUCUUUGGUGAUGUGGGGAGCGUCGGUGGCUUCUCCGCAGUACAAACGCAUAGGGCGGCUCCUCUCAUUUGCACCCCAUAUUGCAAGUCUUUUUUAAUUUUUCAUAUCCCCGAACACCAUUUCUGUUCAGACAAGGCAUUGUGAUGGAGAGAAGGCUGUCAGAAACUGUGGAGGUGCUGCCACCAUAUCAACUCGGUGUUGCUCUUCCUUCAUGUCUGGCCCAGAUGUGGUCAAAAGUACCAGCGGACCUACUUAAGGACAAUGUUGGGUCAUAGCUGUGGAGUAAGGGACUUGGAUGUUGACCUUACAAAUCAUCCAUGAUAUCAAGACCAGUCGGUUGGGCAGAUUGUAGAAUCAACACAUCUUCCACAGUCCCCAUAGCUUCAGAGUUAUGAAGAAAUCCAAACAAGUACCUGAUUGCAGCUGCAGACGGUCCUUCGAUUUUGGCUUUUGUUAGGCGGAGGAGAAGACUGUCCCUGACACAAUGGUCAGGCAGAUUGUAGCGUCAACGCAUCAUUUGCAAUCUCCGUAGCUUCAGAGAACCUGAAGAAAAACCCAACGAGUGUCUGGUUGAGGCUGCCGAAGAUUUGUCGGGGGGCUGCUUGAAUUUCGCCUUUUGAGGAGUGGAAGACAAGCAUAUCACUGCCAUGUGCCAAUGACUCAAGAGACCGGUUGACAGAGCUGGGAGAUGUAGUUAGUGGCCAAUCAAGCCCAUCUGGGUCAAAUCGAGAAAUCAGCAAAGUCCAUCGGUCAAAAUAAUCAGUGCCACAAGGGAGAAACAAAAGCUAGAGGUCAAGAAUCCAAAUCAGUCCAUGAGUAAUAUGUAAUGGAAGAUGUCCAAGUUGGGCCAAAUCGGUCCAACGAAGCUAAGGAAGAUGCGAAUUGUUUCUUGUGUGAGGCCUCUGACAUUUCACCAAAGAUUAGGGAGCCUCCUCAGGGCCCUUGAAUGUGGAAUUGUGGAGUAAAAGACUUAGAUGUUGACCUUACAAAUCAUCCACGACGCCAAGACCCACAGGGAAGGACCCACUCCGUUGACAUUCCUUGUGGCCACAUCAGCCAGUUGAUGCCGCUGGAUUGGUCACCCGAAGCUAAGGAAGAUGUCCAGCUGUGAGAUUAUCGUGACCUGAAAGUCAAAGAUGGGCUCAUGGUUCCUUGUUUGAGAGGUGUUGACUCUGUUGACAUUCCACCAAAGAUUGGCCACCGGGACCCUCUCUAGAGCAAAUCCUUCUGCGUUCCGUUCUUAAAUUUCCAUGAGUCUACCCCACCUUCUUGCUCUUCAUGCCUAUCAUCGAAAAGGAUUUGGCGUUGGGGAUUUUUCUUCUGGCUGGAUAUGAGGAAAUUCCCAUCUUUUCCAUCCACUCUGUUCCCAAAUGCCACCUUCUACGGUCCCGUGGCCAUGCCCUCAAUUCAUCCCAGUUCCUUUCGGGACCUGGUAGUCCAAUGAAGGUCUGUCUCAUGGAAAACCGAAGCAAACAGGAUAGUGGUGUCUUCUCCCCACCAUCAUAUCUUUUUUGCAAGUCGGGGAAAGCUUUGCAAGAAUGUCAUUCGGAUGCAAGAAAAGGCACUCAUUUUCCCUGCCGUCACCAUCAAGGCUCCCUAUCUUUCCAAAGCGGCUUCCAUUCAAAUGUCUAAUCUCUUUUCACCAGCUCAAAAACAUGCCUGUUUUUAGUAUUUUUUUUUAAUUGUGUGAAAAUGUCUCUGUUUUGUGAACGGAUGGAAGGAGCCCCCCCCCCCUUUUCGAAGGGCGCGUCUACACUACAAGCCGUAAACCAGUUUCAUCCGUCUGUAGGAACUGUUCACUCUCCCGUAAUCUCUCCCUGUAUACUUUCUGGGAUUCCUGCAUCUCGGCAACGGCUUCGAAGCCCCGUUCAACGUUCAUAAUCCAGAGGUGUCCCAAAGGAUAUUUAUAUUAUUAUUAUUUUGGUCAGGAAGGGAAGGUAGAGCAUUUGAGGAGACAACAAAGGGACAACCAGCCAAACAAACAAACAAAAUACACAAUAAUAAUAAUAAUAAUAAUAAUAAUAAUAAUAAUAAUAAUAACGUCUUAGGAAAAACAAUUCCGGAAAAAGUAAAAAGAAGGGAUCAAGCAACACAGAGAACAAAUAAUGCAACUUGAUUCCUGCUGAGAUAUAUUUUUCUAGGCGGGGAGGGUGUGUAUUUUUUAGCCCUCUUCGAAGAUUUUGAGGGUUCAUUUGGGGGGGGGGUUAGUGUUGUCAUUAAGGGGUUUUUUAUAUGAUUUUUUUUAAAAAAAUGAGUAAAACGAGUCCUUUGUGGGAAGAAAAGGACAGAAAGCUCCAGUUCAUGACUCGUCUUUUGGAGUAAAUCAGAGUAAAUCGGAGCGUUUACACCACCGACGUGUACAACCCAGCUGUUCCGGAACUGGCUUGAAAUCCUCGUUGUUAAAUCAGAUGACACAUUUAUAGUUUUGAAAGAUAUAUAUAUAGUAUAAAUAUAUAUAUAUAUAUAUAAACAAAGUAUAAAUAUUAAAAAAACAAAAACGAAUAUGCCUAACCCUUGAUUUUUACGUAAAACAAAAAAAUGCUUAUUUGGGAUGGCGGGAGGGACAUUUUCUUUCCUCGUUUUGAACCUCAUCACAAUUUUCAUGGGGAGGUUCGAACGGUGUUUCCGAGUGCCUCAAGAUACGGAUUGUGUUCGUUUUUUUUUUUGUAUAAAAAAACAAAACAAAAUAAAAUAAAAUAAUUUUAUACAAGUGUUCAAAAAAAGAAAAUUUAGGGGGGGAAACCCACACACAGCUGGCUGGAUUAUUUGGAAUUUUUAAAUAAUCCUUAACGUUUUUUAAAAUAAAUAAAUAAUAAUUAAAAAAAGAAGUAGACUUUGGAGAACUGUCCUGUAUAUAACAGUACUGUAGCAAUAAAUGUGACAUUUUUAUAACAAGACAAUGACCUGUUUUUUGUUUUCUCCCUUUUCUCCCCCAUUCUCUGUCUUUCAGAUGUUGUAUACCUAUCGAUGACAAAAGUUGUAAUAAAGGUUUUACCUUGUACUAAA